AUGCCUGGCAGUCGUGUUUUGGUAGUUGCGCAAUCUAUUCUCGACUUCUCGUAUUAUGCCCAGCUGCAAAUUCAGACGACUGAGUCCCUCAAAGCACUACAAACUGCCCUGACUGUAUUUCAUGCUAAUAAAGACAUCCUCAAGGAGCUCGCUGUUCGAGAGCAUUUCAACAUACCGAAAUUACACCAGCUCACUCAUUAUGUCUCAUCAAUCACAUUGUUUGGUGCAGCUGACAGCUUUAAUACAGAACUUCCCAAACGCUUGCACAUUGAUUUCACAAAAGACUCAUACCAUGCUAGCAACAAACGAGACUAUGAAGAACAAAUGGCUUUAUGGCUCCAACGCCAAGAAGCCGUGUUUUUACAUAGCACAUACCUGGAUUGGUUGUCACAACAGCCUCGCUCCAAGUCAGCUGCGGGCCUCACUGAAUGUCAUUCAAACCCAUACGACUUCGACACAGAUUUGGACAUGGACUUGGAGUCAGAAACACCAAAUCUUCCCGCCACUGAACCACUUCAAGCAACCCAUGUCCUUGCAAAAGCCCCCACGCAUCCUCAUCAAUCUGUUCAAACCAUCAUGACAGCAUAUGGUGCUACCAAGUUCCUCUCUGCUCUCCAAUCAUUCUUACUCAAGAAUCUCCUGCGCGACACCAUCGUCCCUGGACUUCAAGACCGAUUCGAUCUUUAUCGUCAAGUGGUGAUUGUGAUGCCACCUGAUUUACGAGUUAGUGAUGUGCCACAGCGAAGGCACAUCAGAGCAUCCCCAGAAACGUUGCCGUCAGGCCAGAAGCCUGGUAUUUCAGCCUGGUUUGACAUAGCGUUGAUAGCAGACAGGCCUCGCUCUUUGCAUUUGCAUACUCUCGAAGGUGUACGAGUAGCCCAAGUUCAUGUUAUUUUCACCCUACCUCGCCAGUUCGGUGCAUAUUCCAGAGCUCUCACUUAUGUUGAGUGGUUCACACCUUUCAAACCACCGGACCCUUCCUCUCGAAUGCGGCAGGUCUCGCGCUCAACACGCCAACUUCGCCGCAAUGCUGCUGUAAUCCACGUCGACGAAAUUGUGCAGCCGUGCCAUCUGAUACCGAAAAUGGGACACACAGUAGAUGUGAGGUUGAGAAGCGGAAAUGCAUACAAGUUUGCGAUGAAGCUCCUCUUCGCUCUCCAUUCAGAGGUCGAGGAAGCUCGCAAUGCAUCGUCAGAUGCUAGCGCAAUUCCUUCAAAUGUACCGUUUUGGCGCACAUACAAGGAAGACGACAAGUUCAGCAAGGCAAGGGCGACCGCUAAAAAAUACACACAAGCCCUUGGUGAUAAUGAAGGGAAGAAGUCCAACGGUCGCUGGUGGCGCAUUUGCGACCUUGAGGAUUCGAAGAGGCAUUAUUCUGCCUUGCUGAACACGUAUGAUCUGCGCGGCACAAGGGUUCAGUCCCCCGAUGUCCGGGACGAACACGGUGUCCGUAUCCACGUCAGUGACUACAAGACCAAACUCAAAGAGGGAGCAAUUGUCGAGUUAGAAGUGAUCUUGAAACUGUGGACUAUCAAACCACGCAACAAUACAUCCAACCCCCGUGAUGCCCAGGGGUCUCGCGUUUAUCAGAUCAUGCUCCAAUACAUGCAGCUUCUGCCAUGUGCUAAGUAUACGCAGAGCGUAUUCGUGGACUCGCUCAGCGCCAGGAAAGGGAAAAGAAGGGCUGUGGACGAGGCAGUUAACCAGUCGCCAACUAAAAAGGGCUCCUUUUCCACUACACUCGAAGAUGACGAGUCCAAGUACACUAUGAUCGAUCCAGGCGUCCUACGUCGUUGUACUACAAUUAUUCGUGAAUCAUACGUUUUCUUGGCGUCUUCAUGCGGAGUCGGGGACUGGCGCGGCCGAGCGCCGCUACGAUUCGAUAUACUAGGUAUGUUCGAGCUUGCUUCUUACCUUCGCACGCCUCCAUUACCGUUUUGCUCAUAUGAAACGCUUCUCUAUUUCCUAUCCUCACCCAUCGUGCUUUCUUCCAAUCAAUCCCCUUCUCCACCCAUCCCUCCUCAUCCUAAACGCACCAUCCAAUCUCCCAAAACCUCAACUAACGCCCUUCACAGAUCUGCAUCGCAUGCAAAUAAACAGGAUUUUAUCUUCAAAUUCUUCUGCCACUGGGCAUGGGUUAAUUACAAUGCUGCUGCUUAUUACUCUCAUGGCGCGGGUGUUGGGAAUGGAGAGGGAAAGGGAAAUCGGGGACGAAAGCAGAAGAGCGACACGGAUGGUAUUGUUGCUGCCAGGAUGGAAAGUGAGUCUUUUGGUGCUUGGUGUGCUAUGAAUUCGAUCAUCGACCCCUUUUGGUUUUUAUCCCUCAGCGAGCACACCAUUCCACAUGUAAUGCAACAAUAUAUUGAUCGAGCGAUGUAG